AAAAGAAAACCCCUUUAACCAACACUUCCUGUCAAAACACACUGAAACUGUGGCUCCAGAAAUCCAUCAAUGGAAACUCUAUUAAACCCAUCAAAAACCCCAAAACUCUUUGUACCCAAAACCCAUCUCUUUAAAUCCUCUCUUCUUCAUUCCACUUUCAAUCCGCAACCCCAUACUCUCUUCAGCAGAAGACUUCUCUCAAUCACCAUUACUUGCAAAGUGAAAACCUCUCAAGGUCGUAAAAAUGAUGGAAAGAACGUAUCCAAGAAGAUUUUGCUACCGGAUUCUGCUCCAGAACUGAGUAAUGAAGAAGUUAAGGCUAAGCCAAAGAGUGGAGGUGGAGCUUGGGGGCUGUUUAGGAAGUUGCCCAAAAUAGUUUUGGCUGUUUUGUCGAACUUGCCUUUGGCUAUUGGAGAAAUGUUCAGUGUUGCUGCCCUUAUGGCUCUUGGUACUGCAAUUGAUCAAGGUGAAGCCCCAGAAUUCUAUUUCCAAAAAUACCCUGAAGAAAAUCCAGUUUUGGGAUUCUUCACUUGGAGGUGGGUUCUCACCCUAGGAUUAGACCACAUGUUCUCAUCUCCCAUUUUUCUAGGAACGUUGAUUCUUCUUGGUACAUCACUUAUGGCCUGCACUUACACCACACAAAUCCCCCUUGUUAAAGUUGCAAGAAGAUGGAGCUUUUUGCAGUCAGCUGAUGCUAUCCGAAAGCAGGAAUUCUCAGACACUCUUCCUAGAGCAUCAGUUAAAGAUUUGGGUGUUGUUCUCAUGGGAGCCGGAUAUGAGGUUUUUUUGAAAGGACCAUCACUGUAUGCUUUUAAGGGGUUGGCUGGUCGAUUUGCCCCAAUUGGAGUACAUUUAGCAAUGCUGCUGAUAAUGGCAGGUGGAACUCUUAGUGCAACUGGGAGCUUCAGAGGGUCAGUCACCGUUCCACAGGGUCUCAAUUUUGUUAUGGGAGAUGUACUGGGCCCAACCGGGUUUCUUUCCACUCCAACUGAAGCUUUCAAUACCGAAGUUCAUGUGAACAGAUUCUACAUGGAUUACUAUGACAGUGGAGAGGUUUCACAAUUUCACACCGAUCUAUCAUUAUUUGAUCUCAACGGCAAGGAAGUAAUGAGGAAAACACUUAGUGUAAAUGACCCCUUAAGGUAUGGUGGGAUCACCAUAUACCAGACAGAUUGGAGUUUUUCAGCACUGCAGGUACUUAAGGAUGAUGAAGGACCAUUCAAUUUGGCAAUGGCACCCAUGAAGGUCAAUGGAGACAAGAAGCUUUUUGGGACCUUUCUACCAGUAGGGGACACUGAUUCUCCUAAUAUCAAGGGAAUAUCAAUGCUUGCUCGUGAUCUGCAAUCUAUUUUCCUCUAUGAUCAACAAGGGAAAUUUACUGGAGUGCGACGACCUAACUCUAAGCUUCCUAUUGAGAUUGAUGGAACAAAACUCGUCAUUGUUGAUGCAAUUGGCAGUAGUGGUCUUGACUUGAAGACUGAUCCAGGGGUCGCAACUGUCUAUGCUGGAUUUGGUGCUCUAAUGCUCACAACUUGCAUCAGUUACUUAUCUCAUGCACAGAUAUGGGCCUUGCAAGAUGGGACAACAGUUAUUGUUGGGGGAAAGACUAAUCGAGCCAAGGCUGAAUUUCCAGAUGAGAUGAAUUGCUUGCUUGAUAGGGUUCCCGAAAUAGUUGAGUCUUCCAUUUCCAAGCAACCUGGUAGCAUUGGUGGCUAGUUUUUGAGGCACCAGAUAGGCGAAAGCAUGAGGAUACAACUUUGAAGUUUCAGGUAAAAUCAAGAUAUUGUCCCAUUUCAACUUCAUUCCAAAUUAAAAAGUGAGAAUACUUUCAAGUGAGACGUUUCACACCCUAGUCAUGGACAACGCCAGAUUCACACAUUGGCAGCAAAGGAGCAAAAUUUGAGUUUCUGAAAUGUACAGUUUUUUAUUGUACUUCACAGGGCAAAGAAUCCAAGCCUAAUUCCACAUCCACUAAUACUAACCACUUAUGACUUUAAAGCUUCAAACUACCAAAAGUAUAUUUGUUAAUAGAAAUACCAUUCUUUAUUGUUCCUUCAACAUUUUCUAUCAUAUGAUUCUGGGUUUGACAUGUAUCGGUCCGUAUUUGUAUGUGUCUAAGCAGAAAAAGAGGGAGACAAGCAGAAAAACAACAAUAAAGUCUGAGAAGAUGACACUAGAUGAGGAAAUAAUAUUUGUUUCUUUUUGUAGUCUGUUCAGUAAAACUCGAGUUCAUGUUGGCGUCUGUGGAAGUCUUCAACAUGGAUGAUUUGAUCUGGUAAGACUUGUGAAAGAGCUGCAAAGUGGCAACUUCUGUUCAUGUCACACAAAUGACCGAUGAAUUGUCGAAUUUUGGUCUCAAGAUUUCCUC